AUGUCUGGAUCUGUGAUGACAAUUAAAAAAGCCAUUCUUCCUGUUGCGGGUCUUGGCACUCGUUUUUUACCUGCAAGUAAGUCUAUUCCGAAAGAGAUGGUGACAGUCGUUGACCGCCCAGCGAUUGAGUACGUUGUGAAAGAAGCUGUAGCGGCGGGUAUUGAGCAGAUCAUUUUAGUCACGCAUUCAUCUAAAGCAUCGAUUGAGAAUUAUUUUGAUCGUAACUUCGAAUUAGAAACGACACUUGAACAGAAGCAAAAAUUUGAUUUACUCAAAGAAAUUAAGGAUAUUCUACCCGCACAUGUCAGCGUA